UUUUUUUUUUUUUUUUUUGCUUUUAGAAUUAUGGCUUCCACGAGGAUAACAAGCUGAAUGCUUGUUAAAGCAGACCAGUGAAGAUGACUGGAACACAGUUGAAGGGGCCAACAUCGAGAAGUCGGGUCAAAUGGUGGACUUUAAUGGGAGCGGGAGUCCUAUAUCUACUGCAGCUAUCAACCUGCCUCGGCCAAGACACAGAAGAUUGGCAGUAUGAGGAAUGUAAACUUUCACGGUCGGGUCCUCCUGCCACCAUCGUUGCCAUAGAUGAAGAAAGUCCCAAUGGGACAUUGCUGGUGGAGAACAUGCAUAUAAACGGUGUGGCGGAGGGUCCAGAUCGUACCAUCUCUCUUUCGCUGAGGGAUAACAAUGGCUACUGGGUGAUUCUGGAUCCUUCCAAACAAUCCCUUUAUCUCAACAGCACUGGGCGACUUCUGGACAGAGAUCCUCCCUCAUACAUCCAGUCCAUUGUGGUCCAGGUGCAGUGUACCAAUGAGCUGAUAGGCACAGUGAUCCUUCACGAGGUCCGCAUCGUUGUUCGAGACCGCAACGACAACACCCCGCGCUUUCAGCAGCCAAGAUACUACGUUGCUGUCAGCGAGUUGACACCAGUAGGAACAACUAUCUUCUCUGGUUUCUUUGGCAACAAUGGGGCGGCGGACAUUGACGACGGUCCCAAUGGACAGAUUGAAUACACAAUCCGGUACAACCCAAAAGACCCGACAGCCAACAGAACCUUUGACAUCCCCCUGACACUCUUUGGCUCUGUUGUGUUGAGAGAAAGACUCAACUAUGAGGAGAUAACACGAUACCUGGUCAUCAUACAAGCUAACGACCGAGCCCCCAACCCUAAUGACCGUCUCACAGCCACCACCACUCUCACCGUGGACGUUCUGGAUGGGGAUGACCUGGGUCCGAUGUUUCUGCCCUGCACACUGGUGGAGAGCACUCGUGACUGUAGUCCCAUCACGUAUAAAGCUAGUGUACUGGAACUGACUGAACCGGACAAGGUGAAUCCACUCAAUGUGACUCCGCCCAUCCAAGCCGUUGACCAAGAUCGGAACAUACAGCCCCCGUCGGACAGACCGGGCAUCUUGUAUUCCAUCCUCAUUGGCAAACCCCAGCUCUAUGCAGACUACUUCAGUCUCAACAGAACCACCGCAGAGCUCCUGCUGCUGAAGCCUGUCGACAGAGAGCUGUUUCGCAGAUUUGAUUUGGUUAUUAAGGCCGAGCAGAACAAUGGCCACCCACUGCCAGCCUUCGCCAACCUCCAAAUUGACAUUCUGGAUGAAAACAACCAAGCGCCCUACUUCCUGGAAACCAGAUACCACGGUUAUGUUAGUGAAGCCUCACCAGUCGGGACGACCAUAGCCACCGACGUCAGCCUCUCCGCGCCGCUGGCCAUCGUGGCUCUUGACAAUGACGUAGAGGAGACCAAGGAUCCACAACUCCAGUUCUCUUUGGACGCCUAUUCGACUGUAUUCUCUGUUUCUGCGACCGGAAUAAGACGAUACCUCACCUUGGUGCAGCCGCUGGACAGGGAGACGCAGGACUCCUUCACAUUUACGCUUUUGGCAUCGGACGGUGUCCAGCAGAGUCUUCCUGUUACAGUGACCAUCACAGUGUUAGAUGCCAACGACAACACUCCGACCUUCUCCAACGUUUCUUAUAACGUCAACGUCUUUACGGAUAUGGCGCCCGCGGAGAUAGUACUGCAGCUGUCGGCAGUCGACGCUGACGCAGGUUCAAAUGGUGAAGUCACUUACCGAAUCAUGGCGGGUUCCCAAGGUCAUUUUGUGAUCGCGAACAGUACAGGAGUGAUUACUGUGGCACCAGGUGUUGAGCUCACCGUCGGUCGUAGCUACACCUUGACUGUAGAAGCCAUGGACAACGGCCCUCCGAAUCACAGACGGUCAUCAAUUACCACAGUCUACAUCGAAGUUUUGCCCCCGAACAACCAGAGCCCUCCCCGUUUCCCGCAGCAACAGUACAGCCUGGAGAUCAGUGAAGCCAUGAGGACUGGAGCUACGCUGCUCAACCUACAGGCAGUGGAUCGGGAAAAGGACCCUGUCACUUACCAAAUACGUAGUGGAGACCCGAAUGGACAUUUUGUACUGCAAGAAAGUUUAGGAUUUCUGGUUUUGGAGAAGCCUCUGGACCGGGAGUCCCUGGACUUCUAUUCACUGGUGGUCACAGCCUCAGAUGGACGUCCAGAUGGGACCUCCAGUGCGUUGGUUAACAUCGUGGUGACAGAUGUUAAUGACAAUGACCCACAGUUCGAUACUUCGCUGCCAGUGAACCUCAGCGUCACAGAGGAGCAGGAUAACGCUUACGUCGGACGAGUCAAGGCUACAGACCCAGAUCUUGGGGAGAGUGGUCAGAUCCAUUAUCGACUGGUCAACCACCAAGACCUGUUUUCUAUCAAUGCCAGUGGAGCUAUCAGGACCAUAGCUCCUCUGGACAGAGAGGAAAAAGAACUGUACGUGCUGAUUGUUGAGGCAUGGGAUAAUGCAGAGAAUCCUCGGAGAUCAAGGUUAACGCUGUCUGUGGAGGUUCUGGACGUAGAUGACAACAGCCCAACUUUCACCCAGCAAACGUACAACGUCAACCUACCAGAGAACACGCCCAAAGAUUCAGUCAUAUUACAGUUAAAGGCAACAGAUGCAGACCUCAGCUCCAACCUCACAUAUCGAAUCAGAAGUGAAGAUUUGGACCAGGGCGUCUCUCAGAUCUUCCGUAUCAACCCAAUUACUGGGGAGCUUUCCGUCCAGAAGCUCCUUGACUAUGAAAACCUGACCGACCCUGAAGCCCCGUACAUGUUCACAGUCGAAGCCUUGGACACGGAGGGAACCAUGCCUCCUGGACUAGCCUCUGUUAUCGUCAGAAUUAUAGACAUGAAUGAUUUCUCUCCUGCGUUCAGCCGCUCAGUGUACCGAGGCAUGGUCGCCCCGAAUGCUGUCAAGGGAACCAUCGUAACCACAGUGAUGGCCAACGACUCUGACCCUGCGGGGACACCAGCAGGUCGAGUUCGCUAUAAGGUGGACCGGGAAUCGUAUCCGUACUCUGCCAGUAUAUUUGAUGUGGGGGAACAGACGGGGCAUGUGGUCACCAAAGUUAACCUUAAUGAGGAGCCCACCCUUACGUUUAGCCUGGUGGUGGUGGCCUACGAUGAUGGCGAUCCUGUAAGAGAGAACACAGCUCAGGUGGAGAUUACGGUGCUCCAGCCAUCCAUAAUUCCUGUUUUCACUCAAGAAGAAUACAGAUUUCCACCUGUAAGUGAACAGGCUGAUACCGGAACCCCGGUGGGAGUCAUUGUGGCGGCUGCUGUCAAUCAGACUAUUGUGUACUCCAUCACUGAAGGCAACGAGGGAGGCGAGUUCUGGUUAAACGAAACCACAGGGGAAAUCUUCACAGCCAGAGCUCUGGACUAUGAGGCCAAUUCUUCUUUCGUUCUGAAGGUCGAAGCAGACUCCAUGAGAGUGGUGGCGUCCAACCUUCGAGCUCCAUCAAAGACUAACACGGCUAAGGUGCUGAUUGACAUCCUGGAUGAGAACGACCACUUCCCAGUUUUCACCAGACCACUUUACAUCGGAGGAGUCACGGAAGAUGCCAAAACCUUCACUUCAGUCCUUCGAGUACAGGCUCUGGACAGGGACACCGGCAACUACAGUGCAAUGAUGUACCGGUUGAUAAUUGUGCCUCCUGCAGGGAAAGCGACAAGAGAUGGCAAAGUGGGCUUCACGUACAGCGGCGUGGUCAAGACGGCAAUAAUGUACCGCAACAUGAGGAGGUCGUAUUUUAAGUUCGAGGUGGUUGCUACAGACGACUACGGCCGAGGUCAUAGCAGCAAAGCAGAAAUUGUGGUGUCAGUUGUGAACCAGCUGGACAUGCAGGUGGUUGUAUCAAAUGUCCCUCCAACAUAUGUGGACCAAAACAAAGACAAGCUCCUCAGCAUUUUGGAACGCUACGUUCAGGAUCAGAUACCAGGAGCGAAGGUUAUCAUGGAAGCCAUUACCCCCCAUCGCCACGGUGAGGGAAUGGACCAGGAAGACUACGGAAAAUCCGACGUCAUGAUCUACGCUAUUGACCCUCUGACAAACAGGGCUGUUUCAAGACAGGAACUCUUCAAGUUCCUUGAUGGUAAAUUGUUAGACAUCAACAAAGAAUUCCAGCCCUUCCUUCCUCCCGGCGGACGCAUCCUAGAAAUCAGAACCCCGGAACUGGUGACGAGUGUGAAGAAAGCUGUACAGUCUGUAGGCUACACAGAGGGGGCGCUGUUGGCUCUGGCAGUAAUCAUCAUCAUCUGCGCUGUCCCUGCCAUUCUGAUUGUUAUUAUCACCUACAGAAAGUUCAAAGAACGCCAGGCGGAAUGUGCCAAAACGGCUCGCAUCCAGAUGGCACUGCCAACAGGCAAACCUGGAGGAGGCACCGCCAACAACCUGUACGAGGAGCUGGGUGACAACGCCAUUUGUGGAAGUAGCAGCAGUGUGAUUGAAAGUGAUGGCCAGUGUCUGAUCUCUGAUUUCGCCACCCGUGCAAUCGCUGCCCAUCAGCAGUGUGUGGCAAACGGAGGCGUGCUCAACAAUCUGCCCAAGUCUGAGUCCAACAUCACUUUCCUCUCUGAUGAAAACCCACUGACUAUCAGGAAUCCCAUCUACCACGAGGACGGGACACUGAGCAGUCCGGAGACGAAUGGAAAAAUCCAAAGAAGAAGAGACCUUCUGGGAAACUGUUCUCCCUCCAGGAAAGGUCUUCAGGAUGCCUGGCUGAGGCUCAGCACCCCCGGUGGCGAUAUUGGACUUUGCGGGUCCAGUGACAGAGACAGAUGGGGCUCUGUAGGUGGACACAGCUGGACUCUCCCGUCACGAUUACAUCGGAAAGAAAUGUACGACGCUUUCAGACGAAGAGUGGUCAUGGAUCCAGUGCAGUGGGAGCUGGAGCUUUUCAAGGCCGAUUUUAAAGAGAGCAAAGAUGCCGCUUUGGAUUCAGGAUUCGACCAUGCAGACGCAGUGGGCUUUCCAGAUCUGGAACCAAAGCUGACAGUUAAGGAACAGGCCCGACAGUUUGAGCAACAGGCCCUGCAGGAAAUGUAUCAAAGACAAAACAGAGGUUCUCGCGGCUCUUUGUCACCUGAUUUCCUGCUUUCUGUUUUUCCCGAGAUUUCCCAACCCUAUAAGCAGAGUCCCGUCCAUAACGUCCUAGUUACCCCGGCCAAAGAGGGUCCUCCGAGUAUCAUUGUGACCCACAGCGACGGAGCUACCCCUCCCCCGAGCUACAAGCCGACUCCUCCAGUGCUUCGUCGUUUUGGCGGUAAUUUAACCAGUGUUCAGACUGGAGAGGACACACUCCAGGUCCAUUUAGAGAUAAUCCCUGACCCUCCUUCAAGUCCAGCACCACCUCCUCCACCACCUCUCACCGCUGCACCUUCUCCUCCUUCAUCUCCUCAACCACGUCCCUUAUUGUCCCCUCCACCUCCACCUCCUCUUCCUCCACCUGUCUCCACCUCUCAAUCUGAAGACACAGAGAACCUGGCCGUUCCUCCUCCUCCUCCUCCUCCACCACCACUUCCCCCACCACCUCCGCCUUUAUCCCCCUCCUUCAUGCGUCCGUCCACCUUCGUGCUCCCAUCUCUGUCCGAGGUGCCGGCUCUGCGGCCCGUGUCCUUGCGGCCCCCGCCGCCUCCCCGCCCGAAGGAAGCGGAACCGCAGCAAAAGGAGUUGAAAGGGAUCCUGAAGAACAUCCAGAACAUCGCGGAAAUUGAGAAGUCAGUGGCCAACAUGUUCAGUCAAAUAGAUCAGAAACAGAUCCCGCUCAAGAAGGUCAUGAAGAGUCAGGCGUCUGUGGAGUCUCUGGAUUCUCUCGCCUCUUUAGACGCAGUAACGCCAGCAGGGGGUGGAGGUGGAACAGGCGCAGGAUCUUCUCCUCCAGCGCCACAGAUUCAGCCCAACCAAAAUAUGAACUCCAUUGUGGAGGAACUAGAGAAAAAAUUUCCCUCCCAGUCGACAAUGUUCUAGAACAAGCCUUUCUGAUAUGGAAAUCUGUUGACGUAGCUGGGUUUUCUGUAGCGCCGUCAAGGGACUGGUGCUUAAAAUAUCUCAGGGAUGAUUCUUUUUUUUUUCUACCGAGACGCAAAAAGAAUGGAAUCUGAUUUGAACUCUACAAUUUGAAUGCUACAUGACAACCUGAAAAAGAAGCUAAAAACCAUCACAUCUUUAUUGGCUUUGUGAAUAUACAAAAAAAAAACAUUUUAAUGACUAAUUUUUUACUUUACUGUCAUUAGGAAUAGGAGGAGAAAAUUAUGUUUAUACUUCCCAUCUUGUUGGCAAUCCUGGGCGUUGAAUACUUAGCUUGCCAGGUUUUUUUUCCAGAGCGGUGCCUGUCAUGGUUGACUUCAUGAUCACAGUUGCAAUGGUUGCCAGCAUCGUCUGCUGCCUUCCUUCUGUCUUCCUGUUCAAACUUCUGUCCCGCCUCAGUUGGUUGGUGUGUUUUCUGCAGCAAACAAAUCACAAACAAACGUACUGCUCUUUCUCCCUGUCUCUCUGCAUUUUUUUCUUUUUUUCUUUUGUGAGUGUGUGUGUUUUAUUACUCCCUUUUAUCAGUAUUAUUUCUAUGUUCUUGUUUUUCUUAUGUAUGUAUUCUCUCCCCAUAUCCAUGCCACCCACACUUUAAUUAAAUAUUAUUCCCAAAACUCGAUAUGUGGGUAAUAAAGUACCUGCAAAUGAAGAUACCACUGUUGAAUUUUCAUCAUGGCUUUGUUUACAUCAGGGGUGUCAAACUCAUUUUGGUUCAAGGGCCGCAUACAAACGAAUUAGAUGUCAAGUGGGCUGGACCGGAACAAUCAUAUAAUAAUUAACUGAAUAUGACAAUAAGUACAUUUUUCUCUCGUUGUUUU